AGAAGAUCAGUUUUAUAUCAAAAGUCAGCGACUCUCUCUCUCUCUCUCUCUCUCUAACUUUGCCUGUUCCAAUUCUUAGAACAAAGUUUUAAUCUUGAAAUAAAUUCUUCUUUGCUCCUUGUGCAUAACCCAAUCAAGAAAUACUUUAGAACUUUAUGUUUUUCAAGUCUGGGAGGCGUAAAAUAAUCCAAACCGAAGAGGCUAACAAGACUGUGUUGUAUUAAGUAUCAUGUGCAGUCAUUUCUUGGAGAGAAUGAAUAAUUAUCAAGGUGAUCUAGAUGAUAUAAUCCGAGCUGGCGGUGGUGGCAUGGGGAGCAACACCUCUACUUCAGUUCCGACGCUUCCGGCUGACUGGAAACUUCCCAGCAAUCCCUUUAAUUUUUCUUCAGGAAUCGAAGAGUUAUCGGAUUAUUUUGGGAAUCCAUUUUCUAGUAUGAGAGAUCCAUUCCUUCAUGAUACAGAUACAACUGCAUCAGGGUUCUUCAACAACUCAAAUUAUUCUAUAGAUACUGGCAAGCGAGGGACUGGUGGUGCUGGUGCUGGAGGUGGAGGAGGAGAUGGUGGUGGCGAUAGUAUUCUUGGUAAUAAAAUUGUUGAUGAUGAGAUGAAAACUGGACCUCCCAAUAUCUUCUCAAGGAUGCUUCAGAUCUCUCCGAAUGAAAAGUCGCUGGUAUUCCAUCGCAAUUCUUCGGCGGUGUCUACCGCCUCUCAUGGAGGAUUGAAGGCCACCGCAAUUUCUGGUUCAGUAUCUAACGAUCACAUGAUUUCUCCAAAUGGCUCCAAAAGUUGCUUGGUGGAAAGCCCUGGUGUUCAGAUCUCGCCUCCGCCAAACACGGCUAUUAAACGAAGGAAGAGUCAGGCAAAGAAAGUAGUUUGUAUACCAGCUCCUGCGCCAGCGAACAACCGGCCUGGUGGUGGAGGAGAAGUUGUUCCGUCUGAUCUUUGGGCAUGGAGAAAAUAUGGACAAAAACCUAUCAAAGGUUCUCCUUAUCCAAGGGGUUACUACAGAUGUAGUAGCUCAAAGGGUUGUUCAGCAAGAAAGCAAGUCGAACGGAGUCGGACUGACCCGAAUAUGCUGGUAAUCACCUACACUUCCGAGCACAAUCAUCCAUGGCCGACUCAGAGAAAUGCACUUGCAGGCUCCACAAGAUCACAGCCAUCCAAGAACAAUAUCCCAGCUUCAAAAACUCGACCAAAUUCUGAGUCCCAACGGGCUAAAAGCCCAAACGAUGAAGAAACCGGAAAGCAUUCAGAAAACGUAAUUUCAUCACCAGUGGAUAUAAAAAAGGAAGAUCUUGAUAACCAUUUUGAGAUAGAUGAUGCAGAACUAUAUGAAGGGUUUCCUUCACAGAGUUAUAGACCAGCAUUGCUGGGUUCAAACCAGUCUGAAGAUCUAUUUGCAGAUUUGGGGGAAAUAGAGGUUGAUCCUUCGGAUCUUUUAUUCAUGGAUGGAUUUUCAGGUGAUGAAUUAGGGAGAGAAAACAAGGCACUGGAUCCGUUCAGUUUCUAUGACUGGCCAAGAAACAACAAUAAUAGCAACUGCAUCACAACAUCAUAUGAAGAACCUAAGAGCCUAAGAGGGAUUCAUGACGACGACAUCCUUAAACAACAGUUUGAUUAGCUGCAGUUUCAUUCAAUCUUUUCUAGUUAUUUUUACCAGAAAAAUUAGGAGAUCAGGUAAAUCAAGAAUGUGAAAGAGUGCUGGGUGACUGGGGACAGACCACACGACUCAUUUGUUUUGGAAUAUUAGUGGAUUGGACAGAAAGCUGAGGAACAGAAGGUUUCAACAGUUAAAAAAGGUACAUCUUUCAGACAUGACUGGAAAGCUCAAUGAGGGAUUGAUGUUGAUAAAGACUCCCAUCUUUCCAGUGGGAAAAAUUAUUCGAGCAUGACACUUUAAUCAUGCGAGUUUACCAAAAAGAAACCAUGAUUUGCAUGUUGUAUUAAUACCUUCAAAAUUCAGAGAAAAGAUUGUUAAAAUACUGGUAGAUUGAUGUUUCUUUCAUGACAAGGCAAUACAUAUAUGCAACUCCAACAUAAGCUUUCCAAAGAUA